GUUGUGUUGUUGUGUCUGUCUGUGCUGUGUUUUUAGUGUUACAACAACUACUAAACUUAAGUUACUGAGUAUUUUUUAAGAGAAAAACUAACAAAACUGCAACUAAAACUUGAAAGUUUUCAACAAAUAAAUAGGCCUGGUAAGUUCUCUGACCACUUGCACUUGCCUAUUUUAAGCCAAUUCUAGAACACAACAUUGUGAAGGAAAAUUAAGCCUUAAAAUGCAAACUAACAAUCAUCGAAUGUCCCCUUUGAGCAAUUCCAAUCAUGCGAAUGAUGAAUAUGACUUCGAUGAUGAUGACAACUUGUCUGCCCAUGAUUCAGAAGAAAGUGAUGAAGGGACAGAAGAAGCCAGUGAGUCAGAAAUUGCCAAAGGGGCUGAAGAAUAUACUGAAAUUAAGGAACAAGUUUAUCGAGAUAAACUGGCAAAUCUAAAAGCACAAUUACAGCAGUUAAAAGAUGGCACACACCCAGACUACAAUCGUAUAGUGAAGAAACUAGAAGUGGAGUGGAAGGAAAGGUUACGACUGAACGUGAUCUGGCGUGAUUACCUGGUGGAGUGUGUGGAACGAGAUUACAUCAUCGAGAAGAGAGCAGCGAACAAAGAUCUGGAGGAGAAGAAGGUGGAGUUGCGGCAUAACCUGAUUUCGGAAAUGGAGGAGAAGCGGAAAAUGGUGGAGAAUGAACGGGUUACCAUGGAGCUGAGUGGAGACUGUGCGGAGACAAAGCCUGCUAUGACGAGGAAACUGAGGCGGAGGUGGGGGCCCCACGACCCUGCGCCACUGCCAGACAAGCGUAGAGGCAAGAGUGCGUCUCACCCAAGUCAUCUCAACUAUCUGGCGGAGGAGAAGGAGAUUGACGCGGACCUCAAGGCCAUCCUGCGUGGACCUCACCGAGGCAACACCUCCCGCAAGCCUGUGAUGAUAUCUGGGAGUGGCGUAACUAUGGGACAAGUUCCACCGGAAACUACAUCCAUGGAGACAAGAAUAGAGGAUGGGAAACUCUUGUUUGAGAGGCGGUGGUUUCACAGAGGACAGCCAGUCUAUGUCGAGGGGAAGGAUAUGCCAAGGUUCCCAGCUGUAAUAUCUGCUAUUGGAACAGAAGUGCUUUGGGUGAAGAAAACAUCAGACUCUAGCAAAGUGAAGAUCUACAUGUCGCACCUUUCCAGUGGCAAGAUGACCAUCAAACGACGAGCAGCAUGAGUUUGACUGAUUUAGAUAUUGUCAUUAACUUAUUCAUUAGGAGAUAAAGCUUUGCCAUACAUUAACAUGUUUUAUACAAGAA